GGUCAAAGUUCAGCCUUCUGAGCAAAGUUUCUUGCAUUUUAGUUGCAUUGGAGAAGGGUUUUUCCUUAACAUCUGAACAGAAUGAGGAUGCUGAAGAGAGCCUCCGCACUCAUCCUGAGAAGAGGAAUCGCAACUUAUCAAAGCAGAUUGUACCAAAGUGGCAGCCUCUUCAGAGUUCAUCCAUCUGUGUCUAAGGCUCUGGCAGAAAACAAGCCGGUGGUUGCACUCGAGAGCACUAUCAUCACACAUGGCAUGCCUUAUCCACACAACCUGAGCACAGCGAAACAGGUGGAGGCCAUUGUGAGAGCUGAAGGAGCCACUCCAGCCACGGUCGGAGUGAUCGAGGGAAAAAUCCACGUCGGUCUGUCCUCAGAGGAGCUUGAACACCUCGCCCUCUGCAAGAGAGCCCUGAAGGUGUCCCAUCGUGAUCUGCCCUACGUCAUGAGCAAAGGUCUCUCUGGAGGAACGACAGUGUCAGCCACGAUGAUAGCAGCACAUCGAGCCGGCAUCCAUGUGUUUGUCACAGGGGGCGUCGGAGGAGUUCACAAAGACGGAGAGAACAGUCUGGACAUCAGUGCAGAUCUGACGGAGCUCGGCAGAACUCCCGUUGCAGUCGUCUCUGCUGGUGUCAAGUCCAUUCUGGACAUCGGUCGCACCCUGGAGUUCCUUGAGACACAUGGUGUCUGUGUGGCCACUUAUGGAGCGUCAAAGAAUUUCCCAGCCUUCUUCUCUCCACAAAGCGGAUUCACUUCUCCAUGUCAAGUCCGCAACCCUGAGGAGGCUGCAAAACUCAUUGCGAGCAAUCUGUCUCUGGGUCUCCAAAGUGGCGUCCUGUUAGCGGUGCCCAUCCCAGAGGAGCAUGCAGCCGCCGGCCAGCUGAUAGAGGAAGCCAUACAGGCUGCAGCGACGGAGGCGAGAUCUAAAGGUAUAACAGGAAGAGAUGUGACGCCAUUCAUUCUUCAAAUAGUCAAUAAGCUGACUGAGGGAAAGUCCCUUCAAGCCAAUAUUGCUCUCAUUCAUAACAAUGCUAAAGUUGGAAGUCAAAUAGCCUGUGCACUGUCAAAACAGAUGACUGAGAGAGAGUCCAGAGGCAAGAAUCAUCAUCAUGAAAAACACUCAUCAGGCUCAGAUAUUGUUGUCAUAGGGGGAAUAAACGUUGAUUUUAUUGCAAAAGGAAAGACAAAAACACUCCAAUUUGGACAGACCAACCCAGGAAGUGUCUGUCAGUCUUUUGGUGGUGUAGGACGGAACAUUGCUGACUCUCUGAGUCGUUUAGGCCGUAGUCCUCUGCUCAUCUCAGCUACUGGAGCUGAUUCACACAGCGAAGCAGUGUUAAACUAUUGCAAACAUAUGAACACAAGUGGUGUGCUCAGGCUAAAAGAGCAAAACACAGCAACUUACUGCGCUGUUAUCACUGAGAGUGGAGAGCUGAGUCUUGGAUUGGGAGACAUGGACGUUCAUCAGCAUGUUACAGAGCAGUAUGUGUCGCAGUUUGAGAAGCAGCUUUCAUCAGCCAUUCUUGUGUGUCUCGAUGGAAACAUUCCCGUUUCCACCAUCGACUAUGUUUGUUCCAUUGCCAGAAAACACAACAUCAACGUUUGGUAUGAGCCAACGGAUUCAGAAAAGGCCUCUAAGCCUUUCCUGUCAGAUGCCUGGAAGUCUCUCUCCUAUUCAUCUCCAAACCUGGCAGAGUUGUGCACCAUGAACAAAGCACUGGGUUUCCCAACACCUGAAGUGCUUCCAAGCUCUCUCAAUGAGGUGCUGAGGGUUGCUGUGGCUCUCUCACGCCCCCUACUGGAUCACAUCCACUGUCUGGUGGUGACUCUUGGGGCUAGUGGAGUGCUGGUGUGCGGAGAGCAUGAUGCAGGCUCGGUCAACCUGCAGCCAAGAAAACAGAAGAGGAGGAGGCAGCUUUGUGCCGUCCACUACCCAGCACUGACUGUGACAGAAGAGGAGACAGUGAAUGUAUCUGGAGCAGGAGAUAGUCUGGCAGGGGCUUUGAUGGCUGGGAUUCUCCAGGGGCGAGACACAGACAGCUGUGUUCGGAUGGGCCUCCUGGCUGCACGGUUGUCCCUGGCGUCAUCGCACCCCAUCGCCCCUACGCUCACCUCAGACUCUGUGGAUCCCAGCAAAGUCCAGACUCAGCACUGGCCCAAACCCAGCUUCAUGUGGAUAAAUUAAAGAUAUUUUCAAAUAAGUUUGGAAGAAAUGUGUGAAUUUGGUCUAUUACGCAUUGGUUUAUUAAUUUUUUAUAAUUUUAUCUUUAACAUUUGAGAAACCAGCUUGUAAAAUAGUGACUGUGUAAAUUAAUGUUAGAAAAUGAUAGGGUUUUAAUGAAACCAUUAUAUCCUAAUUUAAAUCCAAAUUUGUUUUUUGGUUAAAAACUCCAUUACAAAUAAAAGAGUACAAAUCCUGCAUUCAGAAUUCCCUAAUGUUGUUGCUGGUCAAGGUGGAGCUAAUUUGAACUACUGUUUGUAUUGUUUGAUUACUUGUUUAAUUUAACUACUGACAAUCCGACAUAUUUUAAUGAUCAAUAUUUCCCUCUUAAAAGCAGAUUUUUGUGGAAAUACUUAAAACAGUAUCUCAAAUAUGUACUUGUGUACAGUACCAGUCAAAAGUUUGGACACACCUUCUCAUUCAACUACUUUGAAAAAUAUAAAACAUAUUCUGGUUUGUUGAGCAUUUGUUUGUUUACCACAUCAUUCCAUAUGUGUUCCUUCAUAGUUUGGAUGUCUUC